UUCGAAGUUUGUUGAGCACGGAAAAGGGACAACAUGAACGAUAAGUUGGAAAAGUACUGGAGACGUUUAUAUUAUAUGCAGCCAGUCGCGGGACCCACUUCUUUGGAUCCUGAUACGAUAGAAUACUUUGGAGUAUUUAGUAUUAACGAGUCACCAGUCGGCACCAAAAAACGGUGGUACAUUUACUAUGGCCUUAGAUCAGAAAGGUUAAAGGUUAUGGAAAGAAUUCGCAAGAAAUAUGGCAAAAAGCAUGUAGAAAUAUUUCAGAUCGCCACAUUCAGCGGAGUGGGAUUUCAUAAAAUCGUAAGAGAAUAUUUCUGCAACUUAAAAUGGUUUACAAGCAGAAAUCUCUUGGAAGCUCCAUUAAAUAGUUAUUAUAAUGAUGAAAGACUCGUGAAAACAGUUUCAGAUUUGCAUAACAAGGAGCUAAAAAGAAUCUUCGACUAUAUAAUGAUACAACACGAUUGGUUCAAGCGCUAUAAUGAUCAAAAGCCACGACCUGCUAAUCAUUAAACAAACUAAGGAAACCGACUAUCAGUUACCCGUUACUCAAUUCACAAAUCUAAAGGUAAUAAUGCCUUUUCUGAAUAUGAUCCAUCUGCUGACCAGUGACAUUUGUUGAUAUAUUUUCGUAUCCAUAUACACACAAUACAAUUGUGUAAUUGAAACUUCUUUGAUAAGUUAUGCCCUACUUAUUAUAUACAUUUAAAAACAUGUCCAAUAAAAUUU